GGCGGAUGGCAACAUCCAGCAGUGUUGAGUGCGUGCGUGUGCGCGCGCACGUCCUCCUCAUACCUCUGCGAGGUGGCGACUGACUGCGAGCGGCUGCACGAGCACGCGGCAAGAUGGCGAUGGCGCGACUGAUAGUGUGUUGUGUCCUGUGCUGCAGCCUCGGCCACAUCCCAUCAUCGCUGGCUGUAAUCCUCCGCACCACGGACAAGAUUGUGUGGGCCAAUGAGUUUGAGCCCAUCGAGCUGACCUGCUUAAUAGAGUCCAUUUCCACCAACAACCCCAGGAUUGAGUGGAAAAAGAUUCGAAACGGCAUCCCGAGCUAUGUGUACUUUCAAAACAAGAUAGCAGGCGACCUGGAGAACAGAGCGCAGCUCAGAGAGCCCGCCAACAUCCUGAUCUUCAACGCCACUCGGUCAGACACCGCCGAGUACCGCUGCGAGGUGGCCGCCAUCGACGAUCAGAGGGACUUUGAUGAGAUUCUCAUUAGUCUGGCAGUGCGAGUGAAACCCGUGGUGCCGCGAUGCAGCGUUCCCGAGGCCGUGACAGUUGGAACGUCAACAGAGCUGCGAUGUCUGGAGAACGAGGGUUUCCCGGCACCCAUCUAUCGCUGGUUCCACAACAACGAGGAGUUGCCGCAGGACCCCAAGAACACGCCCAAGUUCACCAACGCCACGUACGCCAUCAACACCGACACUGGAAGCCUGAAAUUCCGGAGGGUGAAGAAGGAGGACGCAGGGGAGUACUACUGUCAAGCCAAGAACGACGCGGGGCACGCCCAGUGUCCUUCCCAGUGGAUGGAAGUUUAUGAUGUGGACAUCCUUGACAUUGUCCUGAAGUCCCUGGGUGCCGUGGUGGCCUUCAUCUUCGUGACCGCAUCUAUUUGGCAUUGCUUUUCACGCGCCUGCUCCUCCAAAAAAGGCCACGGCGAAAACGAGUUCAGUUGGCCCGCCCAGAACGACGGUGUGGACUACGCCGACGCAGAUGAGGGACAUUUUCGCCACAAGUCGUCGUUCAUCAUCUGAGGGCGGCAGGAGAGGAUGACAGGAGGAAGAAACGAGGACGGCGCUCCGGAUGGUAAAGUCUGAGCUGUGACAAGGCACACUUUUCUCUGAUGCACAUCCCAAAUCCAAUCGACCGGCUUGCCAAAGUUUCCUCUUCGUAUAGUUUCCUGGCACUAGCUCACCCUUUUGUAGCAGAUUUUCUAUUCGUUCCAUACACCGUGCGUCUUUUAGUUCCAGCACCAAAAACAUUUGGGUUCCGCUCGUCAUGCGUGGACUUUAUUUUUUUAUUUCCUGCAAAUUUGUACUAUAAAUGAAGUCUUUGACUUCAAAGCUGUGACAUUUAAACAAUGACUGUUUUGUUUAGUGAAGGACAUUUUUUGGAAAAAUGCAUCUUUUGUAAAAUUUUUUCCUUUUGUUUUUACAAUGUACUAGAGAUGCGCAGUUUGCGAUCUCAUCCGCGAUCUCAUCCGCGUAGUCCACGGUUUAUCCGCGGACUACGCGGAUAAACCGCGGGUCGGGCGGGUGACAUGACGAAAAAAACCGCGGGUGGCGGUUGAACCAUCCGGAAAUCUUUGAUAUACAUGGUUCUGGGAUCGGUAUCCUUUGCCAUUCAAAGAGCCAUUUAGGACCCGUCUCACAAAGCGAAGAAGACAAUAGGAGACGCAAACACUCUCUAGAAUGACUGCCGGCAGUCACCUAGUUAAUAAGUAUUAGGGCGUGCUAUGAAGCCAUUGGCUUAGUCGCCUUCUACAACAUGUACGAUCUGCUUGUCAGUCCAGCAAAAUGUUGUGUGUGGUUUCCGCGGCAACACACACACGACUGCAAGGCAUACUGGGUGACACAGAGUACACUAAUGGUUGUGAUAUAAACAAUUUGAACCCUCUUAGUAAUAUGCGCCACGCUGUGAAGCCACACCAAUUAAGAACGACAAACACAUUUCGGGAGAACAUCCUCACAGUAACACAGCAUAAACGCAACACAACAAAUACCCAGAAUCCUUUGUAUCCAUGACAAUUCCUGACUAUUUUACACACCCCGCUAGCAGCAAACCCUGUUGUGAUAUAAACAAUUUGAACACUCUUAGUAAUAUGCGCCACGCUGUGAAGCCACACCAAUUAAGAACGACAAACACAUUUCGGGAGAACAUCCUCCCAGUGACACAACAUAAAUGCAACACAACAAAUACCCAUAAUCCUUUGUAUCCGUGACGAUUCUUGACUAUUUUAUACACCCUGCUAGCAGCAAACCCCGUUGUGAUAUAAACAAUUUGAACACUCUUAGUAAUAUGCGCCACGCUGUGAAGCCACACGCAACAAGAUUGACAAACACAUUUCGGGAGAACAUCCUCACAGUAACACAGCAUAAACGCAACACAAAAAAUACCCAGAAUACUUUGUAUCCGUGAUAAUUCCUGACUAUUUUACACACCCUGCUAGCAGCAAACCCCGUUCUGAUAUAAACAAUUUGAACACUCUUAGUAAUAUGUGCCACGCUGUGAAGCCACACCAAUUAAAAGCGACAAACACAUUUCGGGAGAACAUCCUCCCAGUAACACAGCAUAAACCCAACACAACAAAUACCUAGAAUCCUUUGCAUUCCUGACAAAUCCUGAAUAUAUUUUACACUUCCCCCCGUGCGUCGGUAAGGUGGGUGGGGUUGGGGUCGCGGGGGUGUAAAAUAUAUUCAGGGCAAAUCACGGAUACCAAGGAUUCUGGGUAUUCUUGUGUUGCGUUUAUGUUGUGUUACUGUGAGGAUGUUCUCCCGAAAUGUGUUUGUCGUUCUUAAUUGGUGUGGCUUCACAGCGUGGCGCAUAUUACUAGGAGUGUUAAAGUUGUUUAUAUCACAGCCAUCAGUAUAUUCUGUAUCACCCAGUAUGCCUUUCAAUCUCGUACGUGUGAUUGCGGAAGCUGCGCACAACAUGUUGCCGGACUAACAAUCGGUUCGUACAUGUUGUUGAAGGUGGCUUCACAGGACGCCCUUAUUCUUGUCAUCAGGACUAACGCCAUUGGAUAUUCGCGAGAACGUUAGCGGCUCCAAUUAUCUUCGUUACUCUGUAAAAUAGGUUUAAAUAGCUCUGUGAGUGGUAAAGGCGGGUACGGUUCUGAUAAAAUGUUGGUUCGGGUGGCGACUUUGGUGAUGCGGUUGCGGAUGAUAUAACUGCCUAUCCGCGCAUCUCUACAAUGUACGUUAAACUUUUUUCUCAUUAGCAUCGUUGUUAUUAUUUUCUUCGAAGUGGCCAAGAGAUGACAUGUUGUACAUACUGUAGGCAACAAAUAGACUUAAUCAGAUACAUUAGGCACAAUUUAUCGGCAUAGUAAGAGUUGAUAACAUGUAUGUACAAGUUAGCCCUGGAUUUGAAAACUGUAUAACCCACUCUGCUGCAAAUUCAGUAUUUACUAUUAAGGUGGCAAUGUAUGACUUCUAGAGUGCAGUUUCUGUGUAUAAGUGACCUUCUGUGUGUUACUUUUUUGUUUGUUGUAGGUAUUUGGACAUAUUGUCCAGUCUUGCCUCUAUAAUGUACAUAAAUGCAUACUUUGGGAUGUGUUUUUUUUUUGUUGUUUUUUUAUUUGGAUCCGUAACACACCUUAUUGUAAAUACGGCAAUAAACUGUUUGGGAUCAUUUCGACAGUUCACGACUACCGUCCCAGUUGUUGUUUCAGUGUCGAGUCUGUCAGUACUGAACAUUGUUUCCAACGUUUGUGUUCAUGAUUUGUGUAAGAACUCAGGAACUGUUGUAAAAUUCUCACUGUUCAUGGUGGUUUUGUUAUAUUAUUAAAAUACAUUUGAAC